AUGCUACCGCUGUUGAAGAGACUAUUGCUGCCGGUCGUGGCAAUAUCACUCGUCUGCAUCCUGCUCUCGAGAACGCCGCGAGUCCCAGACGCACGAUAUCAUCAUCUGUACCCGCCUCGGUAUACCGAAUUUCAAGAACCGCUCCGAGUUCCUAUUGCACAGCAGUUCCCUAAUGUCUCCGACUAUCCAUAUCCAUUGCCAGCCGUUGCUGCUGUUUCUGCUGCUGCUGCCUUCGGCCCGGCUGAAGAGGGAAAAGGAGAGCCGGGAUUUAGUAUCCCACCCCCUCCAACAGGCCCCGGAGCAGUCGUUCCUCAAGCUCUUCUGCAUCUCACAACAUGUCCUCGAGCUCCCAACCGAUUCACAGGCCACAUCCGUCUUCCCAAUCUGCUGUAUAACAUCUCGAUGAAGUCCGCGGCUCGGGACGAGGAGCGCAGAUUCUGGAACCCAACCAUCUUUGCUCUUCCGUCCUGGGCCAAGAACCAAUAUAUCAUUGUCAGUAUGCUUACACCCGAUGGCGAGACAUUCCGACGAAAUGUGCUCUGCGAAGCCAACAUCUGCUAUCCCAAGGGCCAACACUCGCCCACACCACGCGGGAAGUACUGUACGGACGAAGACCUAGCGCUUCUCGGCCCCAGCGGCGGACUACGAUGUGUUACGCCGCCGAUUGAAGUAGAUGUUCCUCCGACGCCCGCGGAAAGUUGUUCGGGUAAGGAACUGCAACUGGCAGAUAUCCCUGGUUUCCAUGAUCCAAGACUGUUGUACUCGGGUAGAGGGGAGCCGAUAUUAAUGGUCGUCUCGCAAUCCAGAUACGCUUGCAUCGGCGUCUGGGCCAUUGACCUUCGAAUCACAUAUCCUGCAAUCGAACAAACCUUUUCCUCGUCCCCUCGUCGGCUCGGUCCGGGUCCACUAAUGUCUUACCCCUUUCUGACAGAGCUUACUCGUAACCCACCAUCAACUCGUCAGUCGUACGAAAAGAACUGGGUCAUGUUCUUCCCCUCGCCAUCCACCUCCUUCCUGCAGUACGAUUUGAAUCCCACAACCCGCAGCUUUGCACAGCUCGUUGGCGGUGGACUCACAACGGAAAACAUGACGGACCCCUUCGAGCAGUCAUGUCUAGUAGAUUCGUCGGUUGGAAAAGCCGAGACCGAUGUUUUUACCAUCGCAUCUUCGUGGCACCAAGCAACCCCGUCGCUGAAACUUUUUCUAUGCCUGCGUACAAAUGCAAGCUGUCUAGCUGAUAACCCAACAUCAGUCUUCUUUGCAGCAAUCCAGCGAAAGCAUACAAACGGCUAUGGUCUACCCAUACGCUACGAGCGAUACUUCGUCGUAUGGUCAGCAACCUGGCCGUUUAACAUGCUGGCUAUGAGCCAGCAUCCCAUACUUAUGGCGAAUGAAACGAACAGAGGCUGGAAACCUGCGGAAAUAUGGGAUGAUGUACCAGAAGCGAAAGAUGAAGACAGACAGGCAUGGGGCGAAUUUACGUACACAACAACGAUUGCGUACGCGUGGGGCAGAGAAGAAAGCGACAUUCGAGAAAAGGGUAUGGGGUAUCUAGACGACGAAGUCAUCUUGAGUCUCGGGAUAGACGAUCAGAAUGGGCUGUACAGCAAAAUCAUGGUCUUGGACCUGCUGCAAUGUCUGAAAAUAUGUCCAGGCCGUAUAUGA